CCACUCUCCCCUCUUUUUUUCAAGGCCUUAUUCACGACCUCUUGACCAACUUGCUGUAGGCAUUGACUGCGCUACUUUGCUAGACUCUCAUGCUUUUAGUGCAAAAUGGCUCUUGACAACGGAAAAAGCGGCUCUGAAUCUCCUCAAAAGAUGACUUCUGAAGACCUCGCCUUCGAAAAUCAACAAAUAAAGGUUAACGGCAUUGAUACAGAGAAGAAACCUGUCACGGACGAGGAUCCUGCGUUCUCUGGAGCGAUCCCCGAAUUCUCCCAGACUUCAAAUUCGACACUCGAAAAACCCACACGCCGAAAGUCGGCGAGGCUUGCCGCUAAAGCUACCAAGACCCAACAACGCAAACAGCACGAGAUCGCUCUUCUUCCUGCUUCUGUUCCCCCUAAAUACUGUUACAAACCCAGCCUUCGGAUGUCCACAGGUGGAUUUGGGGCUCUUAAACAAGAGCGAAUACUAUCUGAGGCUGGUAAACGAAGACGAAUGCGAUUUAAGGGUCGUAAACCAAAACCAAAGCCUACUGUGGGAUAAGGAUAUCCAUCGGAUAGAGCCAUUAGACUCAGGUGAACACGGCCGUGGUAACAGUGGUAUUGAUGAGCUUGGAAUACUCUUGUGCUAGAGGGA